UCAUGAUUCUGAUCGUCAUGAAGUCACUGGUCCUCUUAAUGUUGGUUUUCGGAACCGUAGCUGCAGAUGCCAACGCAAAACGGAUCGAUGAUAUAAAGAAAAAUCUUCAAACAAAAAUCAAGGAGGCUGUUCCCACUGACAACUUUGUUAAAGUUCUCCUUGAUAUAGAUGUCGAGGAUAUGUUUAAAGUUCUUGAACAACUUCCAUUGGAGGAUCGCAAGAAGCUUUGUGAGCUGAUGCCACCCAGACGCAUCGUGGAAUAUUGCCAAAGGUUACCUGUCGAGGAUAGAGGAAGAGCUGAAUCCUAUGGAAUAGAGGUGCUCCUUAAUGAUGAAGAAAUGGCUGGAAAACUAGACGAAUUUCUGCAAACGUUAACAGGCAAAGAACGAGUGGAACUUAAUCACUAUUUCAACAAGACGAGCAUUCUACAACUCUAUGAGGGCAUGCCUAUUCCCAAGGAUAAUUUCAGUUUUCUGGGAAAACAUCCUGAAGAAAUAAAGAAGACUCUUCUUGAUCAGAAAGAAAACUACAAGCUCUUUGACGAUCUUUUUGAAUUACCAUUGGAUCAACAAAUGAAAAUGUGUAAAGGCUUUACUCUUGAAAAGCUCAGAAAUGUUCUCAAAGCUGGAGGAUUGUCACUCAGAGAUGACUAUGACAUUGGGAGAUUGAUCAACGAAUUGGUAUUAGAUUUUAACGGAGCAGAGGUUCUUGAUUUGGAGGAAUCACAGGCUGACCAUCUUAUGGAAGGACCAGAAUAUGGAGAUUUGGAUGAAUCACCAGGUGACAAUCUUAUGGAAGGACCAGAAUAUGGAGAUUUGGAUGAAUCACCAGGUGACAAUCUUAUGGAAGGACCAGAAUAUGGAGAUUUGGAUGAAUCACCAGGUGACAAUCUUAUGGAAGGACCAGAAUAUGGAGAUUUGGAUGAAUCACCAGGUGACAAUCAUUUCGAGAAACCAUGUUUUGAAGAUUUGGAGGAAACACAGGAAGACAAAACACCUGGGGACCUAAAAGCAAAUGGAUAUGAAGAACCUUUCUUCAAGCAGAUCAUUGAGAUCCAACUUGGAAAGUCCAAGGGAAUAAACGUGGAACAGACACCAGAAAUACAAAGAAAAGUGAUCAGAUGGACACGAUAGUCUCCUGAUGUGAAGACCUUGGACGUGUCCUUGUAAACUGACGUAGUAAACAUCUAGAUGACAAAAAAAUGAAAAAGCUUUCUGUCUUUGUUAUAUAGACAUUGCAAUGC